CUUCCCUUCCUCCCUUCUCUUUCUCUGCACUCGAUUCCACCAUCUGUUUUCUAUUCGUUCUAGGGUUUGAAUUAUGGUCUCUCAUUUCCUUAAAGAAUCAUAAAAUAAUGAGCUAUUAUUAGUUUCCCUUAUUUUACUAUAUUUCUCUUUGUUUUCUGUUUGCUUUAGCUCUCCGUGUAUGGCUGGCUUAGAUUUGGGUUCAUCUCGCUUUGUUCAACACCUCCAGCGCCCUGACCUUCACCUCCAAAGGCCACCCGAUGCCGACGACUAUCAUGACAACACCACACCGGAUCACGACGACGAUGACAUCCCUCAUGAACUAGUUUCCGGUGAUGCCGUGGCUCGCCGCCCAAGGGGUCGUCCGCCCGGCUCCAAGAACAAGCCGAAACCACCGGUGAUCAUCACUAGAGAAAGCGCUAACGCACUUCGAGCACAUAUCUUGGAGGUCAGCAGUGGCUGCGACGUGUUUGAGUCUGUGGCCAUGUAUGCGCGGAGGCGUCAGCGCGGGAUCUGCGUGUUGAGCGGCACCGGCACCGUCACCAACGUGAGCGUGCGGCAGCCCUCGGCUGCUGGCUCCGUCGUCACCCUACAAGGCCGCUUCGAGAUAUUAUCCCUUUCGGGCUCGUUUCUUCCCCCGCCGGCACCUCCCGGCGCGACCAGCCUUAACGUAUUCCUUGCAGGUGGGCAAGGACAGGUCAUUGGAGGGAACGUUAUGGGAGCUUUGAUUGCUUCAGGGCCAGUGAUUGUUAUAGCUUCUUCAUUCACUAACGUGGCGUAUGAGAGGCUGCCUUUGGAGGAGGAGGAACCAUUGCAGAUUCACCAACAACUUUCACAGUCAUCUGGUGGUGGCGGUGGUGAUGGCGUCGGAAAACCGUUCCCAGCGGAUCCGUCUUCAGGGCUGCCUUUCUUUAGUCUUCCCUUGAAUGGUCAGUUACCUGUUGAUGGUUGGGCUGGGAACUCAGGUGGGCGAACGCCUUAUUGACCUUUUUUGGUCAGAAAGGUUAGGGUAUCCUUAGACCUCAAUCUUUGUACAAUUACUUCCUAAUUGCUUUGUGUUUGUUAAUGUUGUAACUUUGCUUAAUUUCUGAUGUAUUUGAUCGUUUGU